GUGAUCUGUAAGCAGUUUAUCUGGGAGAAUGGGUGCGGUCAUUUAAUGUGUCAGCAGCUCCGGCAUGAAGUGGCUGAGGAGAUUUUGCACUGAUCCAGUGACAGGAACAGCAGCAGCAGCGGCAUUCCAAAAAGAUUCUCAAACCUGUUUGCACUUACCCUGGGCUUCUCGAUAGAAGCAAAGCAACAUCUUGUUAUCGGAUAGGAUGGAGCUGACAACGCUGCUCGCCCACAAUGGCCUUCCCCUGUUACGCUGAAACCCACACCCAGUAGCUGCCAGUCAUGGGCUCUUGGACCAGGCCCACGUGUAAGUGCUGUUUAUCCCGAACAGUACAGCCUCUGGUCGCUUUGGAGAUGAAUGAGGACGUCAACAUGGAAACCAAACGAUGGCUAAUGACCAGGAUCCAGGCUGAGAAGGCUGCUGGUGGUGCGGAACUAAUGGUCCAUCCUGGUGAAGAUGACGAUGGGCACAUGCUCAUUGUUUCUGCAUCUCGACAUGUCCUCCUAAGGGCUGCGGAGGUUCUUGGAUUUUACAAGCUCUACAAAGAUGGCUCCAUGAUCUCAUUUUCCUACAGGGACAGGAGAAAUUUUAAAAACUCAGAUAAUAUUGAUGAAUUUCUGACUUUAGCUGAGCGUCAGUUCAUCAUUCUACGAACACUGGAGAACAUAAAAGUUGUGGAUGAAAAGUAUAUUCCAGGAUAUCCAACAAAGACCCUCUAUCCAGGAGAAGCAAUUUUUCACAGAUUGCAGAAAAGCAAGAUCCUGCAUGCCUUCUAUCCAUUGCAUCAUGAGGAAAUGCUGAGCGAGCUGGAAUCAGACUGGUACACUUGCAGGAAGCUAACUCUGCAACCCAUUGAUUCUAUUUACAGAUAUUAUGGUGGAUCCAUCGCCAUGUACUUCAGUUUUCUGGAAUUCUUCACCUGUUCACUUGCACCAAUGGCCAUCUUCGGUGCCAUGAUUGUUGCCCUCUCGACGGACACCAUCGAUAAAUGCAUCCUAUUUUCGGUUUUCAAUAUAAUCUGGUCAACUGUGAUCAUGGAGUUGUGGAAACGUCACAGCUUCGUCCUAUCCUAUACUUGGGGCACACUGCAGAUGAACAGUCAAUUUGAGGAGCCCCGUAUGGGUUAUGAAGGCCCAAUGGGUAUCAACCCCAUCACCCUUCGCCAACAGCCAUAUUACCCUGCAUGGAAGCGUAAAGUGAAAAUUUGGCUUGUUUCGGUUCCAGUCCUAUGUUUGUUUCUCGCCUUUUCUCUCUACACAAUGAUUAUUUUCUUCCAUAUGGAAGCUUGGGUCAAGGCCUUUUACAGCGAAAGUGAAAACUGUUGGAGUUGUGUGCUGUACAUCCCAGGCAUUCUUCACACUUUCUGCAUCAUCGUCCUCAACGCUUGCUACAAAACAGUCGCUGAAAUGCUCACGGAAUGGGAAAAUCAUCGACUAGAAUCCUCUUUCCAAAACCAUUUGACAGUUAAAGUGUUGGUGUUUCGCUUUGUCAAUUGCUUUUCCGCAUUGUUCUACAUCUCCUUCUACCUCCAGGACCUCAACCUCCUCAGAAAGAAACUUGCAUCGCUUCUCAUUCUGACCCAGAUCAUUAAUCAGUUCCAAGAGACACUGCUGCCCUAUUUCUUCAAGACUCUUAGUGGGAAAGCAGCAGGUCUGAAGAGCUGCACUUUGAAAAAUGCACCAGAAAUUGACAAGAUAAAAUUACAAGGACAAAAGGCAACAUUUCCUGGAAUGUUUGAUGAGUACAUGGAACUUUUUGUUCAGUUCGGGUAUGUCAGCCUCUUCUCUUGCAUUUACCCGUUGUCAGCAAUACUCAUCGUUUUGAACAACAUCAUGGAAAUCCGCACCGACGCCCUGAAGCUGUGCCAUCUUUUCCGAAAGCCUUUCAUCUCACCAGCAGCAAAUAUUGGAGCCUGGCAGAUUGCAUUUGAGACUUUAGGAUUUGUGUCAGUCAUCACCAACUGUUUGUUAAUUAGUAUUUCCCCUCAAGUGAGAGAGUAUGGCACAGAAAAUAAUGUAACCUCCAAUAGCGUGUUAAUCUGGGCCAUUGGAGUGGAGCAUGUCCUGCUGGUUAUAAAGGUAAUUUUAGCCAUUGCUAUUCCCGACGUCCCACAGUGGGUGAAGCUGAGGAUGGACAGAGUUGAGUAUCGCUCUCUUCAGGCCCUAAAAAACAAGUUGUUUGAAGAAGAUAAAGGUCCUGGCAGAGAAACAGAGAAGAUUGAUGGAAUCACUGGACCCGAUUCUGCUGAUGGCUCUCUGCAGGCCAGCAAUACACAGCUGAACUUGCUGUGAAUACCAUGUUAUUGCACGAUGAGGCACACACCAGAUUAAACACAAAGGUUCCUUCUCAA